AUGAGGCAGAAUAACAUCCUGCUAUUUAUGGGAUAGUUAAUUCAUUAAUUGGAAUAGUAUGAUGGAAUGGGUGGGGAACGCAGGGAAUCUCUCGCGAGUUCACCUCCUACGCCCACCAACCGGACCCUCCGUGUGACGUUAUUCCGACGUCCUGCUUCGCGCUUCUCGCUUCGAGCACCAAUCGGGCAUUCCACCUGCGCGUGUCCUCCUCGUCCUCUUGACAGCAUAAGCGGUUCUCGUCGUACGUUAGGAGCAGAUUGUAGGUCCUAUUUUCUCCCCACUUGGUUUACCAUUUGCUGUAAAAGAGAAAUACGAAGAUCCGUCAUUUGGUCACACUUCUUCAGAGAUGGAUGUGGGGAUCUCAAAGUGUCGCGUGUUCCUCAACUACAGCCCCAGUACUCUCUUCUCUCAGUCGCGCGUUCCUUCGGCGGGGCGUUGCAUCAUGGACGCGAUAAAGGAAGGUCCCGAGAGAAGCAUGAGCCCGGGCCGAGUGGUGGCCCUCGCUGCCGGCCUCUCCAUAGGGGCCGGGGUGGGCUACAUGGUCUACCGCCACCUGAGCAGCACCAGUAUCAGUACCACCUCCCAGCUGGUCAGCUGUGAAGAGUCUACGAUGACUCUUCCCCUGGACGUGUACAGGAAUAUGUCAAGACACCAGGCCACCUUUCUGGAUACGGCCAGAGAGCGGUCUGGAGCCCAUGUCCAGGUCAUCCCGGCCACAGGGGGUCCCUGCCCUCAGACAGCUGUGGGUUUACUCCUUCGGGGGUCCCCGGAACAGAUACUAAUGGCCAAGUGUGUCCUGGGCAACCUGGUCACAGACUGUGAGCCAGCCACUGAAGUCCUGGAGGUGCCCCAGACAGCCUUUGGGAGGAUCAUAGGCCGCGGAGGGGAGUCUCUAAAGCUAAUCACGCAGACCACCGGCGCCAGGGUCGUUUGUCCCCGGGAGAGGCGGCAGGACCCAGGGGCCAUGGGCAAAGUGACCAUCACAGGCACCCAUCAGGAGGUGCAGCAGGCCAAGGAGUUGAUACUGGAGAAGGUGCGUGACGACACCACGGUAAGGAGGAAGAUCUGCCAGUCAUCCGCCCUUCGCCUGAAACGAGGGCCGCAUGAUCUCCAGGCCCCCAAGUGUGAGGACGCGGAGCCACAGCCGCCGGGACCGGCUGUCAACCACAACAACAACAACGGGCCCUGCUCCCUGAAGCCCGAGGAGCUGGCGCUGAGUCUGCAGUCCAACAAGCCCAGGAACAAGGAGGAGAAGCCCGAGGAGCUGGCGCUGAGUCUGCAGUCCAACAAGCCCGGGAACAAGGAGGAGAAGCCCGAGGCGCUGGCGCUGAGUCUGCAGUCCAACAAGCCCGGGAACAAGGACGAGAAGCCCGAGGAGCUGGCGCUGAGUCUGCAGUCCAACAAGCCCGGGAACAAGGACGAGAAGCCAGAGGAGCUGGCCUCCCCAGACUCCCUCUCCGAAGUGUCCAAGUUUGAAAUUCCCAGCCCGGACCUGAGCUUCCAGCCCGACGAGCACCUGGAGGUGUACGUCUCGGCGUCGGAGAACCCCAGCCACUUCUGGAUCCAGAUCCUGGGGGUUCGCUCCCUGCAGCUCGACAAGCUGACGGAGGAGAUGAGUCGCUUGUACGCCGCGGGAACACCCAGCGAGCACAUGAUAGAGUCCAUCGUGGUAGGGGACAUUGUGGCCGCCCCGUACCGGGACCAUUGCACGUGGAACAGGGCCCGAGUGCUGGGCCUGCAUGGGUCCGGCCUGGUGGACCUUUACUACGUGGACUUUGGAGACAACCAAGAUUUGCCCAAAGACAGCCUGCGCAGCAUGAGGAGUGAUUUCCUCAGUUUACCGUUCCAGGCCAUUGAGUGUAGCCUGGCAGAAGUACAGCCAGCAGAUGAGGCCUGGACCGAGGCAGCCCUGGAUGACUUUGAAAAACUAACUUAUUGCGCUGAGUGGCGCCCCCUGCGGGCCAAGCUGUGCAGUUACUCCCACUCUGAAGUUUGCACCUGGCCAAGUAUGAAGCUCUAUGACAACAGCCAGGGCAAGGCUGUAGAUCUGGGUGAGGAGCUCAUCCGUCUGGGCCACGCCGUGAGCUGCCAGGAUUCAGGCAGCGCAGGAGGGGACGCUGAAAACCUUGGCUCUCUGCAGAGAAUGCUGGAUGAUGUGAUCGGGGCGUCAUCUGAGCUGAGCCUGUCCUGUAUAAGCCUAUCAGAAGUUGCUUCCAUCUCUGGAAGCGUUGACGAUACCAUUGAUGAUGAGCUUUUCUGAUGUCAAGCCUCCAGCCUCCAGCAUGGACCGUCCACACCCCUGCAUCCCUUUGAUGUGGAUUGCUGCAGGUGAAUCUCUACCUAGCUGUGUGAGCCCCAACACCCUGCAUUGAUGAAGCGUUACUUACUUGAAUGUGUGAAACAGUUAAAAUCUUCCCGAAAAAGUAGUGGUCUUUAGUCACCCAAAUGCAGGAUUUAUUUGUUGCUGUCGUUUAUUUUUUUAAUAGUGCCACUAUUUCUGUUACGUUCAAGACUGCUUUGAGUUCAUAAUCAGGAUAUCGGGUUCAAAACUUCCCUGAGGCCAGUUCAUGGCUAAGUCACCGGUUAGCUGGACCGUGGCUUUAAUGUUUCAGUUUGCUGUGUGCGUGCGUGCGUGCGUGCGUGCGUGCGUGCGUGCGUGUGUGCUCGUGUGAAUGCCCAGCUGUUAAAUACAUUGAAUAUAUAUUGAAGAGAAUUAUAUUGUUCAGGUUAUAUUAUUGUUUUAAUAUUAAAUAUCGUUAUUUUGUGAAACUUAAGAUGUAUCUAUAAUACUGCAGUGCUAUUUAUCUGCAGAAAUACAAUAGUGAUCUUCAAUAAAGAAUUUAUUUGUCUUAAA